CUUUUAUUUUGAAGCAGAUUAGGAAGUAGCAAAUAGUAAACACCUGUGUUGCCACAGGUGAACACUACUGCCGCUUAAACGCUUCUCAUCUUUUUAGUUGCACUUCACUGGAAACCUGGACAGGAUAUUAUUUCACUGACUGGAGGACUGAAAUGGAGGAAAGCGAGAUAAGGAGCCGAGCCGAUCCGGGCCAGUCCAUGCCAGGUCGAGGGACAAGAGACAGUAUGACCCAGACUGAAAGCAGAAUAGGCCUACAAGGUCAUGGCCCCAGGCUAUCAAAGGCAAACCUGUUUACAUUGUUGAGUUUAUGGAUGGAGCAGUUCCCACAGGAGCAAUGUCAAGAGGACCACCACAGUGAGAUCCGCGGGAUGGGUCUGGUGGUGGUGCGGGACAGUAAGGUGGUGGGACUCCACUGUUCAGGACCUGAGCUCCACGCAGGACAGGCAGCCAUUAUCCACCAUGGCGCCUGCCUGGCUGACUGUCAGAUGUACUUUUCUAGGAGACCCUGUUCCACCUGCCUCAAAAUGAUCCUCAACGCCGGAGUCAGUCAGAUCUCCUUCUGGCCCGGAGACCCUGAGGUCAGCAUGCUGAGGUCCACCUCUGCAAAGCACCCGAGCUCCUACAGUCCACCUGAGUCCAUCACAGAGGACGCUGCGCUGGACGCCAUGGCUGCGGAGAAGCUGAAAUCCAACAGUCGUUCUCACGUGUGCGUGUCGCUGCGGCCGCUGGCGCCCGGCCUGGCGCAGUUUGUUGACGAGACGUCCAGAGAGUGUGAUUUCAUAGAGAGAAUGAUUGACGAUGAACCGGGGCUGAACACAGAUAAACUCUUCUACAGAGAGCGCACGAGGCUCCUGAAGGAUUUCUCCAGACAUCUCCUGGUCAGGACGUCUCGGCAGCACCGGGAGAUUCUGACCCACAUGGGUCUGGAGAACUUCUGUGUGGAGCCGUACUUCUCCAACCUGAGACACAACAUGAGGGAGCUGGUGGAGGUUCUGGCUGCUGUGGCUGCAGCGGUGCCACUGCAACACUACGGCUUCUACAGGGAACAGCAUUCAACCUCUGAGCCAGCAACAGCCAGCUCAGUGCCCCCGCAUCACGAGGAACUAUCCCAAGAAGUGGCUCGCCAUUGCAUCAUCCAGGCCAGGCUGCUGGCAUAUAGAACAGAGGACCCUAAGGUGGGUGUGGGUGCUGUCAUCUGGGCCAAGGGACCGUCGGCUGGCAUGGAUGGGACUGGGUGUCUGUACCUGGUGGGUUGCGGGUACAACGCUUACCCAGCAGGGUCAAAGUACGCAGAAUACCCCCAGAUGGACAACAAGCAGGAGGACCGGCAGAGACGCAAAUACAGAUACAUUGUCCACGCAGAGCAGAACGCCCUCACCUUCAGGACUCGACACAUCAAACCGGAGGACUCCACCAUGCUCUUUGUAACUAAAUGUCCAUGCGAUGAGUGCGUCCCUUUGAUCCGAGGAGCUGGCAUCACACACAUCUACACCACCGACCAGGACAGGGACAAGGACAAGGGAGACAUCUCCUACCUGAGGUUCAGCAGCCUGAAGAACAUCAGCAAGUUCAUCUGGCAGAGGAGCCCAACCUCUCCUCACCAUGCCAAUGGUCAUGUCGGGAAGCACAGCAGGCAGGCUGAAGAGGAGAGCCCCAGCAACAAGAAGCUGUGCACCAACAAAUCCCACGACUCCCCGGCUGUCAGCUGAACACCAGCCGCGAUUGGAUGGAAGGACGGACGGACGGAUAAAUGGAUGUACCAAAAACUACGGAAUCAUGGUUUUUAGCUCUUGUGCCGCAGAUUUGAUAUUUUAUGGCUGCAUCAACACAGCUAGAACUGGGAGAAAUCUGAAGAUCGAAUCUGUGGCACACAUACAUUUGCGCUAUUUAU